CAAAAUCAAACGUACCAUAUUACGGAUAGAAAGAACGGCGGAUUAAAUCAUUUGUUUUCAAUGGGUUAGCAAAAACGUCUUUAUGUUGGUCGAAAAUGGCUUCAUGACUACAGAAGCAACUUUGCUGAAGUUAAAAACGUUUGCUGCAUUCAUGUACAAAGACAAUUAAACCAAUGAGCGUAUUGAACAAACCAUAAAACGACACUUAACUUACGGUGUCGAUUAAAGCGCAUUGAUUCAUAGUAAUUGGUGAAAAGGUGUACCACUUUGGUCUUAUAGCCUAAGAUAACGAACUAUAAAUUAUGACUAAAUGUGUUGUAAAGCACAGUAACGACCGCAAGGCGAUGAAAAUACAUCAAACGAAGAUUUAACACUCUUAAAGAGCUAUAAAACUGAUAUGAAAGACCUCCUCCUUGCGCAACAUAUUUCUCUAUCGAUUAAAAUUAUAGAUGUACGAUAAUGCUCUUUGCAUGUGGAUUUUUCGCACAAGCACUUAAUGCAGAUUCGCCCGAGGAAGGAUACCAUUAUAGAAUCAAGUGCUUUAUUGAUUCAGAUUUAGAAAUACAUGUAUCUCUUAAUGGUUGGAGAAGAUAUCAUAAUUAUGGAUAACACGACUGUCAUGGAAGUGAAAUUGGAGUCCGACACAACUGUUGUUAUAUUUACAAUACUCUCAACGUUUCUAUGCGCAAUCUCAGCGUUUUUGAAUAUCACUACUAUGAUAAUUGUUAUAUAUCUUCCAAAACAGACGCCAUUCUCGAAACUAUUCAUAAAUCUUGCGAUCUGUGAUACUCUUGGAACAGUUGCAAUCUAUAUAGGAGAUGGAUUCUACCGAGCGGGGAUACACUGGAAUUUGUUGAGCUUGGAAAGACUUAAUUCAAUAUUUAUAGUUGCUGGUAUAUGCUUUAACCUGCUCUUUCUAACUUCGACCGUAACAUUGCUCGUGUUUGCAAUCAUGCGCUUUAUCGCAAUCAAAAAGCCACAUCUGUUUAAGUCGUAUUUCGUAAGCUCGAAGAGGAUACUUAUCUACAUAUGUUUGUGCUGGAUUAUUUCCACAUUUGUUGCCCUUCCGAGCAUCAUAUGUGAGUAUUCCCCGAAAAAGAAAUGUGGAACCUUUUUCAAAGACAAUCAAAAUGUUUCUUUUUCUGACAGCAACCUUAACCAGUACAACGACAGAAGAUUACUAGACAACAGUAAUGUAACCAUAGAAUCGGUAAAUUCCAUGAAUAUAAGCCUAUAUGACGCCACCCGAGGUACUCCAGUGCUAUCUGGUAGUAGUUUUAAUACAUCAGACACUGGAAGACACAAUCCUCAACCAUGUCUAACAGAGUUGGCCUAUUCAGUUUGCUACCAUUGGAAAUAUACUUGGGCUGGUGGAAAAGCGCUUAUUCUCAUAAUAGUAGUUCUAUUGUACGUUCAUGUCUCAAAAGACUUAUUAAAGAGGUCUGGGUCAUUUCGAGAAAAUGACGAUUCGGUGCGAAAAAGGGCACACGACCUACGAGCGUUUAUUACGAUCAUUAUACUAACGGUCUCCCUUGUUUUGCUUGGAGUACCUUACAUUGUCGUCAGGGUUUACAGACGAGCUGUUUUUGAUCAAACUACAAUUGACGUAUACCAACAUUGUAUUAUCUACUUUCCGUAUAUCAACUUUAUCCUAGAUCCGCUUGUGUAUAGCAUAAGAUCUCCAGAUAUAUACGAUAAGUAUAAAUCCAUCAUUGAACGUAUUAUAUGUCACAUCAGGGGACAGGAGCCCAGGGGGAAUGGUUAUGGCGUCAUUAGUAUGAACAAUGGAGAAACUGUUACUCAAACAAUUCCAAACAAUCAUGGUCCGACAAAAGAAGAUGUCGUUUAAAUCCAAUCUUGAUAAUUAUUAAAUACUAGAAUUGACUACAUAUCGAUUUGGACAUAUUAAUGUACCAAAUACUAGAAUCAUAAUAAAGUUAAACAAACACUUGAAAAUGAGGAAAUGAGAGGUUCUGAAGUUAUAGAGGCGAAUGAUGAUUAUCUAUAUGUUAUUGUAUUGAAUAUUAUUACACAUGAACGUACAUUACAUUCGAAUAAAUUCGAAAAACCUGUCAAUCCAUUUGCUAGCAGUUUAGAUCUGUUUAUCCCUGAUCUUAUUUUCUGCUCAUUUACAAUAGCCUGAAUUUCUUAAAAACAGACUCCAUAAGAUAUGCAUUUAGCACAUAUAUACAGAAUAGAAAUAAGC